GGUCACACUGCAUGGAAAAGCACAACAAAAGACAAAAGGGAAAAACCACCAAAUGAGCUCCCUUUUCCGCAGCCUUAACAACUUUUCAUCCAAGCGCGAAAAUGUCGUGAAGGGAGCCCUGAUCAACACGCUGAACGAGAAUGCCCGCGAGAUCGAGUUCGAGGUGAAGCAGAAGAGCUUGGAGGUUCUUGGGCUGUGCGAACAGACCAGUGCCCUGUGCACCACCUUGGAGGCGCUGUUCCUGCAUGGCCUGAAGGACUCCUUCCUGUCGGCCACCUUCAAUGUGCUAGCCGGGGAUGUGGAGCGCAGGCCGGAUCCCAGCUUCUGGUCGCCCUGCAUGGUCUUCAUGCACAAGCAGGUAAUCGAGCAGGUGCAGGGCCUCAGCCAGAUCACCACGGAGAUUGGACAGUGCCGGGCCUGGGUGCGUCAGUCCCUCAACGAGUCGGUGUUCUCCUCGUAUCUGAACAACAUGCGCAAGAAUGGCUCGGCCCUGUCGCAAUACUACAAGAGGAACGCCCUGGUGCGGGACUCCGAGGGCCUGGAAACGGCCAGCAAGAUAAUGGAGAGCCUGGAGGCCAGUGUGCAGUUCGAUCUGCCGGUGAACUCCAGCCUGCUGAACCACUGGCCGGAUUAUUCGCUGCAGCUUUCGGACUUGUGGACGCCCGCCAUGAAGUCCUGUCCCAUUAGCAGUGGCGUGGACGUGGCCAGCUCCCUGGGUGCCUCCGAUAUUAUAGCCAUACCCACGCCGCAGCCCCUGCAGACCAACGAGCUCUUCUCGGAGUCCAUUUCGAACAGUCCCUUCAGCCGCGGCGGCAACUUCGCCGGCGUGCCCGACCUGGACCAUCGCGAGAAUCUGGAUCUGCUGAUCCAGAAGAUCGAUGAAAUGGAUGUGAUAGACGAAGAAGAGCAGCAGACAAGGACGGCGGCGGAGGCAGAGCCCGAUUUGGAGGCUCCAUCCGGCAGCAAGCAGCGCAACCGCAAAAGAUCCAAGCAUCGGGUAGAGGAUGCCUUUGCCGAGCUGGACAUUGAGGCGCCCAGCAUGCUGCCUCAGGGCAGCAACUCGCUGUCUAAUCUGAUGCAGACCUCGUGGUCUGGUGAUUUGCCAACCUCUUCACCCACCUCGCCCACUGAAGAGCUGACCGGGUCGAGGUUUUUCCAGCGAUCCGUGAGCAUGAGCAGCACGGCCAGCGUCAGCCUGCGUUCCCCCAACACGGACAGGUGCAGCUACAAUGCCCUGCUGCGCAAGCACGAGAGCAAUCGCGAGGGCGGCGCCGGCUGGUCAGAGAUCUGGGAGAAGUUUCGGGCCAGUGCCUCCACCUUGAAUGUGCCUCAGCGGGAGAGCGAAGCUCCUGUCUCAGAGGAUCUAAGCGAUCUGCAGUCCUUGGAUACCAACUCCGAGUUCGAGCUGCUCACCUCCGACUUUGACAUUGUGGAGCUCCAGCAGAUGGUGGCCCAGCUUUGCCAGCUGGCACGGGAGCCGGGCCUGAAUGCCCAGGGAUUUCUGUGCAAGAGCUGCCAGCAUCCGCUGGGCAUUGGUUACUCAAAUUUUCAAGUCUGCGCCUUGAGCGGCAGCUACUACUGCAACAGCUGCAUGGAUGUGGAAACCCAACUGAUACCCGCUCGCAUCAUCUACAACUGGGACUUCCGCAAGUACAGCGUCAGCAAGCGGGCAGCCACCUUCCUGGCCGAGUUCCGUUCGCAGCCGUUCCUGGAUUUGCAGCUCCUAAAUCCCAGCAUCUACUUCGCCUCCGAUGCCAUGGCCGAGCUGCAGUCCCUGCGCAUCCGUCUGAACUUCAUCAGGGCCUAUCUGUACACCUGUUCGCCGCCCACCAGCAUCGAGCUUCUGCAGCAUCAGUUCUCUGGCCGGGAGUAUCUCUACGAGCACAUCCACCAGUACUCGAUAGCGGACCUGGGCCUGAUCCAGCGCGGCGUGCUGUGCCAGCAGCUGCAGAAGGCCUUCAAGCUGGGCGAGGCGCAUGUGCUCAAGUGUCGGCUGUGCCAGCUCAAGGGCUUCAUCUGCGAGAUCUGCCAGAGUCCCAGGGUGCUCUAUCCGUUUCACAUUAGCACAACCUUUAGGUGCCUGGCCUGUGGAGCCGUUUUCCAUGCGGAGUGCCUCAACGAGAAGCAGCCGUGCCCCAAGUGCGAACGCAAACGCAAGCGGGAGGAUCAGGGCCUCCAGGAGGCCGUGCAAAGUCUGAAGGAAAGGAACGAGGUGGCCUAGGCGAGGGCAGCAGCCAUAUUAUUUAGAGUUUAAGUUACAAAAGUGCGAUUUGUUAAACAUUACAUGUAACCAAGACAAGGCUUUACUUUACAUUUAAACUAGGCUUAAGUUGAAAGUUGUUAUUGGCUUAAAGGCAUUUAAAAACAUACUCAAAAUAUAUACAAAAUGUGUGCAAAGGA